AUGAGGGUCACUGCAGUCUUCUUGCUGGUCGCAGCCCUCGUCACCCUCCCCUUCACUUCUGCCUCCCCCGCCAACCUCGCAUUGCGACAAAGUCCAGCGAUCAUUUCUUGUACCCAAAAUGCCGAUUGCAAAGCUGCCGUUUCAUACUGGAAUGACUGCCAAACUGCGACUGUCAUUGGUCUUCCCCAGGUACCUCACUCUGAACAGAGAAAUUGUCUGUGCGAAACUGGUCAAGGAGCAAGCCCAUUCCACCCAGACUGGUACUCGAAAUUGACCUCCUGCAUUCAAUGUGUCGACAACGCUUCAGGGUUUCACAACAAUGUCUUGAGUCCCUUGCAAGCACUCCAUGUCAAUUUCUGCAGUACUGGCUUGCUUGGCUAUGGCGAUUUCGUCGCUCAAGCCCACAAUAUUGCAGCAAAUGCUGGAUUUCCUUUACAACUUCCUGAAGCUAUUCUGGUGUCAACUCAGAGUGAUAUUUUGAGUGUACCUCCGACUCCGAGUGCAACGUCUUCCUCUAAGACUUGCGAGGUAUCAAAUCCAGGAAAGACUUCGACAUAUACAGCCCAAGCUACUACUUUAUCACCGGUUCCGGUCGCUCAAGGCUGCAAUUAUGACAACUGCUUGCGUCAAGCAAUUCGAUCUGAAGAUGUUGUCAUUCCGUUUUGCAAGGCAUACACAACUGCAGUUCAAACCUCAACUGCGGGCUAUCCAACAUAUGUCUCUAUGUGCAACAACCAACCGAAGAGCAUCUCGUCUGCAUGUACUUGUCUUCUCUCAGCUCAGACUCCGACUCAAUCUGCCACAUCAACCCAAUCUCAAAUUCCAACCCAAUCCCAUGCAUCAAGCAACGGGGGAAUCGCAACAAGCAAGCCUGCUCCUCAGCCCAGCACCCAUUACCAUACUUUGUGGAUCACAACGUUUUUUUACACUACUCGCACUGAGGGCGGUCAUUCUUCCACUGCCUUGGGAGCAUCAAGCCCAAGUUGUACGACACCUCCGGGAACAUCGUCAACCCUACCGGUAGUUAUGAGUUCUUCGACCACGAUCCCAACAAAAUCUUUCACUUCUGUUGGUACGUCUGGCUCAACUAUGGUACAAUCUCCCACACCUGUAUCAACCAUGCGGUCCAGCUCGGUUACCCAUUCUUCCACAGCUCUUGGAACAUUGUCCACCUCAGCAAUCACAAAGUCUUUGAGCGUAGCUCCUUCCCCUUCAACUUCGUCCUCAACCGCCCCUACUUCCACUACCUGGGUUACCCUUCCGGCUUCGGAUGGAAUGAAAGCAUGCGCUGCUUCCAAGGAUUGUGUCACCGCAAAUAGCUUCUAUUACCAAUGUCUGAAUGCCCAAUCCAACGGCAACCAGACCGGAAGCUGGAACUGCUUAUGCAAGACUAACUUCGAUGGAUGGAAGUCAUCCGUGCUCGGCUGUGCAGCAUGCAUUGCGAUGAACUUGCCUGCCAAUCCAUCCGGUAACGCGCCAAGCAACGAGUUGGUUUCAGCUAUGACAACAACAGUUAAUUUCUUCUGCAACCAAACCAACCCCGCUGUCCUGGUACAAAGCAUGGCAGGACUCGAUCGAGUCGGCCUUUACUUAACAAAUAUCUACGAAUCGCCCAUCGAUUUCUUCGGUAUGACUCUGCUCGAUGCGCCUCCUGCAUCCAUUAGAAUUCCGACUUCUAUUGUUCCAUCUUCGACCACAACAAUUACCACUAUCGUAACCGUGGUUCCAAUUCCUGCUACUACAUCUCCUUCCUCCUUGGUUGCACCUUCUGGGUCUGGAACAUCGACUGGUAUCCAUACGACAUUAUCCACCCAAACCACCUCUGCCUCUUUAAUUACACCCACGUGGAUCACAUUUCCACCAACACAAGCAAUGCUGCAAUGCCAAGCCAAGGAUUGCCAACCUGCACAACAGGUUUUCAACGGUUGUAUUUUCAUUGAUCCCAAUACAACCAACGAGGGUCCCAUUUUCGACUGCUUCUGCACACGUCAGAAGGAUCUAUGGAAGUCCGCACUAAGUAACUGCACAAAGUGCAUCGCAGCCGCUCUUCCAGCCCACAACCCAGCAACCGGGGAGUACCAAGCAACUGCUCUCAAUUCGCAAACCGAGUUCGCCCGCUCACUAUACUGCAACCAGUCAGAAUUGUUUAUGUCAACGCGUGCCCUACAAACUCUCGGUAAUUUUGGUAAUGCCGUUACGACUGCCUUCCAGUUGCCAAUCAACUUCUUCGGUAUGACGCUGUUGCCAGGACCAAUUGUUGGCAAGCGCAAUAUCCGCUUGCAGGAUUUUCAAACUUAG